AUGCCUGAGAGGCCACCCAACCGCCCAAUUAGGAGCCAGAUGGCGCUUCUGGCCAAUCAAAUCAUGGAUGCAAGAAUUCUCAGCAGCAUGAAUGGCAGAGUUGAACUCUCCCAGUUUUUGAGGGUUACCAAUCAAAGCGUUGUUACCCAGGAUGACAAUCGCAAGAACAGGAAGUACCCGUGUCCCUUGUGCGGGAAGCGUUUCCGCUUUAACAGCAUCCUUUCACUUCACAUGCGCACACACACCGGUGAAAAACCCUUCAAGUGUCCCUACUGUGACCACCGGGCGGCACAGAAGGGAAACCUGAAGAUACACCUGCGUACCCACAAGCAGGGCAUCUUGGGUAAAGGCCGUGGGCGCGUCAGAGAGGAGAACCGGUUGCUUCAUGAGCUUGAAGAAAGGGCCAUACUAAGGGACAGGCAGAUGCGAGCCGGUCAUGUUGGCCCUCAGCAAACAUCUAUCAUAACCCAACAUCAACAACCCCAACAGGGCCGGACACAAAACCAAUUCCCCAGUAGCCAGCCGGUCGCAUCCACGUCCCCUAAAGUCACGAUGAUCCACGAAGAGCCCACCCAGCCUUCACCCACUGGCUUCCGCUGCUCCUUCUGCAAGGGCAAGUUCCGAAAGCAGCAGGAACUCGAACGCCACAUCCGGAUCUUACACAAGCCCUACAAAUGCACCUUGUGCGAGUUUGCCGCCUCACAGGAGGAAGAGCUCAUAGCUCAUGUUGAGACGACACACAUAACUACCGAUUCGGGUCCGGGACAAAAACCGGUUAUGGGGACCAACGACAAAGGGAAGCCCGUUGGUGAAUUUCCCUGUGAUGUUUGCGGCCAAACCUUCAGCCAGGCCUGGUUCCUCAAAGGUCACAUGAGGAAACACAAGGACUCUUUCGAGCACUGCUGUCAGAUUUGUGGCCGUCGCUUCAAAGAACCCUGGUUUCUCAAGAACCACAUGAAGGUUCACCUUAAUAAACUGGCCUCCAAGGGUAAUCUCCCGCCUGACCGUGACAAUGCCCUUAAAAUGCGUCACCUAACAGAAGAUUAUCAGAGCAGCCUAUAUUCUCAGUACAUUUCCCGCAUUCACAACAGGUUCCUCACUGCUGAGAGAGCUGACCAGACAGAAUACAGCAAGUUACUCGCCACAGCCGGUAUUGACAUGAAGGUUAUUGAGAUGUUAGGUAGAGGUGUUUCCUCUGGUCUAUGCACUCCGAAUGAAGCCAAGAGCUCCUCAUUGUUGGGAUUAAAUCAGUUUCACCCUCCCCUGAGCUCUGCCAAUCUGGACUAUCUGCAGAAGGUCAUCUCCAGCAGAGAGGCAGUGAGCUACCCAGGCUGGCAGAUAAUGUCACCAGGGCUGCAGGCUGAACAGCACAUGUUCAACCGCAAAGAUCAGCAACAUCAGCACAGCUCCUCCUACCUGCCAGAACGACGCCUCCCUGUGGAUGAUGGGAAAGCCGGCGUUGCUGAACAAGACGCCAACGCGGGGAGUCGACCCAGCAGUAAAGGCAGCCUGAGUCAUCACGGGCUAACUGAGGUCAUCACAGAGACCGGGAACACCCACUCCGGAAGUGCCUUUGAACGCCGACCGCAAUCCUCUUCUCCAGCUUCAGCUAUAGGUGACAACGCCUACAAGUGUCUACCCUCCAGUGACUAUACCGCUUUCCAGCUGGACCGCUACCACUUCCCGCCCUGGCAGAACAGCGGGGAUCUGUCCUCCUCCCUGCAUCCCAACAGCAGCAGUAGGAGCUCCAGCCCCAACUCCAAGACCUGCAGGCCGCGGUCCACGGAGGACAGGAGCCCGGCCAGUAGUCAACAAAGCCACAGUGAAAGCACCCUGCUGGUCCCUGACCAGAACCCGGGCAGUGAUAGUCCGUCAUCCGCUCCCCCCAGCAAGUCCCAGUAUGAGCCUUUAGACCUGUCCGUCUCCUCGCAUCCCACCAUGUCUCCCGCUUUACCGGUCCAAAUGUCUGGCAUGUUCAGCAACGACCUUCACAGCUACUCCACCGACCUUUCGGGAGUGCGGGAGGCCGCGAGCAGACAGGACGUAGGUGGCGAAGGCGAAGUGGAGGACCAGAAGAGGAACGGGACGGGCGGAGGCGAGUGGAAGAUGCUGAAGGACGCGGGCGAGGCUGAUAUGUACGACAAGAUGGGCCAGUGGGCUGCGGCAAGAGCGAGCAUGUCCUCGCCUGACAACCUGACCCUGGAUCAGAUGAGCCCCUAUCAGCAAGUUGGCCUCCUGUCGCUGCUCAGAGCCCAGAAGGACCGCGGCAGCAUCCAUCGGGGGAGCAUGGAUAAUAACGUUACAUCAGCUCGUAAGGCCUUCCCGUGCAGAUACUGCCCCUACAGCGCCUCGCAGAAGGGCAACCUGAAGACGCACGUCAUCUGCGUCCACCGCAAGCCCUUCGACAACAGCCUGUACCCCGACCGCCGCCUCCGCCGCUCGCACACGCCCCAGAGGCCCUGCGGGUCGCCUCCGAGCAUCCCGCUAGACAAUCCGGGUAGAGAGCAGACCAACGCCGCGCCGCUCUGUGGGACUUGAUGGCGUCUUCAGACACAAUGCUUUGGUUAUAGAAUAACUGACAUGUCGAUUAUGCACUUUCUUAUGUUCUAUUAUAAUAUUAAGGUUUUUGGGUGUUCGCACAUUAAGUACGGAGACUUGCAGUCUUUUUGUCCUCUGGUCAACGUCAUUGUUCCUCCAAAAGGAGUGGGAGCAAUAAGGACGAUUUUUAGCUGUGCAACAGCAACGUUUGAUGUACAUUCCAGUGUUUCUUGAAGAUCCACAGUGUGUAUUUAUCCGUGGGACAACAAUAAUAAUAAUAAUAAAGUCCACUGUGAUG